GUGAAGUAAAGAAGGAGAGGAGGAGGAGGAGUGAGAAGAGAGGAGAGGGGAGAUACGGGGAAUCACGAAAGAGAGACAGAGAGAGUGUGCGGCGAGAGCAGCAAAGAGGGAGGGUGAGAGAUAAGGGGGAAAACAGCAAAUUUGGUGGCCAGGCUUCCCAGUGCGCACACAUCUCUCGUCGUCUGUACCAUCCGACCAGCUCUCCGCUCUGCAGGAUGAGUUCGUUCAGUACGAGGGCUCUGACGCUGCUCUCGUCAGUUUUUGGGGCCUGUGGUCUGCUGUUGGUGGGCGUCGCCGUGUCAACAGACUACUGGCUGCUGAUGGAGGAGGGGAUCAUCCUGCAGCAGAACCAGACCACGGAGGUGAAGAUGGCACUACACUCUGGCCUGUGGAGGGUCUGCUUUGUGGCAGGACCGGAGAAGGGCAGAUGUGUGGCGGCAGAGUAUUUCACGGAGCCGGAGAUUGAGAUCACAACAGAAAAUACAGCCAAUAUACUCAAAAUGGUCCGGACUGCCACUCCUUUCCCUAUGGUCUCCUUGCUCUUCGUCUUCACCGCCUUCAUCAUCAGCAACAUCGGACACAUCCGACCUCAGCGCACCAUCCUCGCCUUUGUUUCCGGAAUAUUCUUCAUACUGUCAGGUCUCAGUCUGGUGGUUGGCCUGGUGUUAUAUAUCUCCAGUAUUAAUGAUGAGGUGAUGAACCGACCCAGAGAGCCGGAGCAGUUCUUCCACUACCGCUACGGCUGGUCCUUCGCCUUCGCCGCUUCCUCCUUCCUGCUGAAAGAGGGUGCAGGAGUGAUGUCAGUCUACCUCUUCAUGAAGCGUUAUGCUGAGGAGGAGCUGUACAGGCCUCACCCCGCCCUCUACCGACCCCGCAUGUCUGAAUGCAGCGACUACAGUGGCCAGUUCCUCCACCCAGACUCCUGGCCCCCACCACAGCGGGGCCGCAGCACCUCCGAGGUCUCCUCCGACAUCUCCAUCCAGCUCAACCAGACUCCACCCUCAAAGUCGCAACCGAAGGGGGGCAGCAGCUCCCAGCAGACGCCCUCUUCCUCUGGGCCUUCAUCAGCUGCCAGCUACCAGCACCAGCCAGCCUCCUCCUCCUCCACCUCCUCCUCCUACCCCCACCCCCUCCACCUGGCUGCCACCUCCACCCUACCCAGAGCAUCCCACGGCCACCCUCAGUCCCAUCCCCACCCGAGCGGACCCCCAUCCCAUUCCCUGCCGAUGGGGGUGCCACCAUCAGCCGUGCCUCCUCCGCGCUAUCACGCGCACAUGCGCAUGAGUGCCUCGCCAUGCUAAGAUACUUAAACGAAACACAACUGGGGGGGGGUUAGAUUCCUUAUAGCUCUUACACACAACAAAACAACACACACAAACACAAUUCCUGUAUCCACGAAACGUGUGGGAGGAAGUAUGCAGCAGAGUGGAUGAAGGAGGGAGGUUUAGGGAGAUCAAAUAGAGGAAAGAAAAAAAAGAGGGGAGGAGGGGAGGAGAAGCAGGUGGGCGGAGGGAUGACUCACUGCUGCUGCUCAGCCCGAGACGAAGACAAAACUUUAAACACGCUGGGAGGGAACACGGGAGGGGAUACGAUGAUUAGUAGCAACAAGACAUUUGUGAGGUUUACACAGGGUGAAGCAGCACAGGAAACAGAAGCUGAAUCAUUUCCACAACUCUGGCCAUUCACGAAAAUAACAAACAUGUGUAUCUGGCUAUAAAUAUAUUAUCCUUUCAUCUAACAAGGACUAAGGAUGCCUGCUUUAAAAGAUUUUAAGAAAAUGGAUGAAAUAUCUUUUUGGAAAGUCAUCGACAUGGUUGGGAAGGUUAUUUUGUAGCAUCUUCAUUACCGUUUGAUUGUUUGUUAACCCCUAAAGCACUGACAUAAAAAGACUGCUGUUAUAUAGAUUUUGAUUAUGAGAAGGAGCACAGGUGAUGGAUAAAAAGACAAUUCAGAGUGAUAUGGUUUCAGUUUACUGUGCAAUGUAAAAAUAGCGGAACACCAGAAUAUGUAGGGCCAUAACGGAUAAAAUGCCUAGUUGUCCAUAAUUCAUGUUAAUUAAUCCAAAAAAACACAUAUAUUACCCAUUUACAUUGAAGCCUAAAUAAACUUUAAUCAAUAUUUUAAAAAUGUUUCAAGAUAGCAUUUGAACACAUCACAACAACUUUAUGAUUGAUCUCUACUGAAUACACAUUUUUACUAUGUUUUAUCUCGAUCACACCAUAAUGUUACUCAAUGUCACCUUGCUUCCGUCUGUUGACAUUAGCUUUUAGCUGUUAGCCAAGCAGUAGUGCAGCAUUACGACUCAUUACAACAUUAAUAUACAUGUCAUCGGCUUGCUAAUUGCUAGCAGCUAACGUGAACUAACUCUCCUCCUGCCAUUAAAAACAGAUCUGUGGUUCAUAAUGUAGCAUUAUCAGGGAUAGUUUCCCAUUAUUGCUUCCCAACCGUGUUCGUGAAGAAUGACUGAUAUUAUAAAGAAUGUCUAUAUUAUAAUAAUUAGUAGUUUAUACAGUAUCCCAAAUAUUAUAUACACAAUCGGAGGUAAACUGUAUAUGUAUAGAGAUUUACACUUAAACUGUAUAGAAAUUAUUCUUCCCCCUCAUGCUGAAACAAAAAGGUAAUCCUGUAUCAUGAGGUGUAUAUAUUACAGUAUGUUUUAGGUGUUUUAGCUAUUACAUUUUCUAAGCUGUUUGUAUUUUAAAAGAGAAGCUUUGGGAGUGAAUGUUUAAAAUGUAAAAGAUGAAAAUUGCCGAUUGAAGUUAGAAGUUUCUGCUGUCACCCCGGUUACAAUCAAAAUGGCUGCCUUGGAGAUGCUGUUGCCAUGGAAGUGAUUUCUUAGGUAUGUAAAUAUUGGUAUUGGAAACCAGACCUCUUAAAGCCAGGUUCAGAUUGCACUCAAUUGUAAUCCAUUGAAACCAGUCUAAGCUGAACAAAAAAUAUCUGGUAAUAUUUUGGGGGAAUGUGAGCGGACGGUUUCAGAUUUUGAAAACUGAAAAAUAUGUCAAAGCUGGUUUCUAUCAUGUCAAAAAUGAUUCCUGUAAAUUCGGGAUAAUAACCUUUUAUUUUUAUUUUAAUGACAAUGUGCUUCCUUUUGACAGAUUAGAAAUGGGAACCGACUCUUCCUGGUUUUACUUAUGGUAACAUAAGGUUUAUAUUAAGAACUAGAUACUACAGAUAUGGCACUUUGAUGAACACAUGCUUACAUGGGAGGCAAACUGAAAACCUGAGACAGAUGGCUUUGCAUUUCAAUGUACCUCCUAGUUGGAUCUAUUAUUAAUCAAAGUUGCUCAGCCUCAAUUAAUUGGAGUCGACAUCUUUUCACUAAUAUCUGUUUGGUCCAGACAAUUCCUCACAAAUGUAUUUCAGAGAUGGAUGAUCAUGUGUCUUGUGAUAAGAGGAAAAAGAAUAUUGUAUCAUUUAAUUGGAAAUACCAGUGAAUUUGUCUAAACAAAUUUAUAUUCCAAAAAGCCUGAGGUAAAAUAUUACCUCUCAACUUUUUUCGGCCUUCAAUUUCCCAUAUUUCAGUUUUAGGCUAUGGCAUGUCAUGCAAAUUGAAGAGAAGAGGUUGGAAUAACAACUGUUUUAAAUCGAGGUCCACUUGCUCGCCUGUUCUGGAGUUCUAACCCAAUCUCGAUGCCUUCAACAGCAAGUCAAUGAGGCCCACCUUGAAAUUCCUUUGCAUAUGUCGAGUGGCAUUUUUUGGGGGAAAUCUAAGGAGAUUUUCAGUUUAGCUCCCAUUGAAGUUCUCGUGUUGCACAGUGACUUAGAGACACACUUCAAAAGUUCUUGUUUUUGUAGCAUAUUAACAAUCGUGCCCAGCACAGGGCAUUAUUUGUAGCCAUUUUUAGACCUACGGGGGAAAAUGUUACACUUACAACCUGUGGUACUGUUAAGAGGAAAACAGAGUAGCAAGUUAACUGCGUUGUUAGCAUCUUUUACGAAUAUUUGCUUUGUGGAAAAUAAAUAGGAAAUCAUUUAGCUGCUGAGUAUGAAAGCUUUUGCUGAUGUUUUGCAACGUUUCUUUUUAAUUGCCAAAGCUGAGCAUUCAUGCUGUGUAGUGAGCACACACACAAGCAUAUACACACACAGAUAUAUUUAUGUAGCUGACUUCUGAGGAGUUGUUUUCUGAUAAAUACAAAUCAGAACCAACAGUGUUUCUGAGGACAUCACAGCAGAGACGUUCAGCUGUGAUGCAGUGAGCCGCUUUAUCAAAUGUUUACUUCCUUUACUUCCAGAUAUUUCUUCAAACUGUGAUCAUGGUGUAAAUAUUCAUACUGAACACACUUUACACAGUCUACCUAAGACAUUGACAUUAUUAAAGUCGAGACAAUUUAAAAGUUUACAUGGUCUUUAAUGUGAGUCAAUGACAUUUGACUGACUUAAUACGGGUCAAAAACUGACCACAAGAUUCUUGUGACUUUAAUUGUUUAUUUUUCAUAAUUUUUGCAAACAUGCUACAUGCAGGAGUGUGAUUUUUAUCUGCCAGCAGUGUUUUGUUCAGUUCAAACCAAUAAAGCUUGCCUGGUUACAGACUCUUAUGUAUCUAUUUUAUUAUAGUUCAUUUAACACACUUGAAAAAUAGGCAUUGGUUAAAAAGCAUGUUUGUUUGUUCGGUGGAAAAAUUCUGUUCGAUAUGAAAUGGCAGCGUUUAGUGUAAAUUAGAAAUGUUUAUCUGAAUUGAUGUUGGAGAAAACACCGGAGAAUAAACAAUACGUUUCUAGUUUAAUUUCAUGUUUCUGCCAACCGAUUGAUUUCUUUUUUUAUUAUGCAAGCUUUCUUUGGCAAGUUUUACAAACUGGAUUCUGUGGGACAUACAGUACAUUUGAUCUGUUUAAUUGUCUUUAAAUAAUUUGGAUUCAUUUGAUUACUAUUGGUAAUUUAAAUU